AUGACUACCAAUGACAAUGAGAUGCAUAGUGAAAGAGGAGCUCCACCUCAGCAGAAGGGAGUCCUACAGUUACAAUCUCAUGAUGCUCUGCUUGCACACAAUAAAAUUAUUACUCAACAAUUAGAGAAUUUGACGAAGAAACUCUCUCAAUUGCCAAAGGAGCUGCAGAAUGUUUCACAAGUUCAACAGAAACUCUGUGAAUUAUGUGGUGGUGAUCAUAUCAAUGGUCAAUGUACUUUGCCAGUGGAGGCCCAAGAAGAAGUCAACUAUAUGAGCAAUCAAUUCUACCAAGGACAAUUCAAUAGACCACCGCAACAGCAAUCACAAUGGCAACAUAUAUCUGCGUUAUCUGACAGAACUUCAAAGCUUGAAGAAACCCUUCAACAAUUUAUGCAGGUGACUAUCUCCAACCAUAAGAGAACUGAAGCUACUAUAAGGAAUUUGGAGAUGCAGGUGGGCCAACUGGCUAAGAAGUUGGAGGAGAUGCCUGACCGGAGUUUUGGGGCUAAUACUGAAAAGACGCUACCUCCCAAAUUCAAAGAUCCGGGGAGUUUCACCAUCCCUUGCACCAUUAGGAAUCAUGAUAUAAGGAAGGAUCUAGUUGACUUAGGAGCUAGUAUCAAUCUAAUGCCCUUAUUUAUGCUUAAGAAGAUUGGUGGUCUGGAGGUUAAACCUACAAAAGCAAUCUGGCAAAUGGCAGACAGGUCCAUUAAGCAUCCUUAUGGUGUGGUAGAAGACGUGGUGGUGAAAAUUGAUAAUUUCAAAUUUCUGGUGGACUUUGUAGUGAUGGAGAUGGAGAAAAAUGUAGAGAUAUCGCUCAUCCUUGGAAGGCCAUUCAUGAAGACAACUAAGGUUGUCAUUCAUGUGGAUGAUGGAGUUAUAAUGUUGAAAGACCAAGAUGAAGAGGUGACUUUCAAUGUCUUUGAAGCUGGGCAGCCAAUACAAGUAACAAAGACUAGUCCUAAAGCUAACGACGUAGUUCUAUCAGUGACAGGUCUACCUGAUAAAGCUGCCAAGACGGUCAAGAGGAAUCAUAGUUGUUGCUUUCCAAGGCUGAAGGAAGAUGAUGGCGAUAAGGAAGAAAAACUCGUUCACCAUGACUCUGUCAAUUGA